GGCGGGCGGUGGGGAGCGUGUCCUCCUUGUCGCCAGCCGGGUCGGGCUGGACUGCAGCAAGUUUGCUCGCCUUGUCAGUGCCGACUCGUCUAGUCUGACCCUGGUGCGCUGGUGGCAGGAACGCCGCUCACACUUUGCAACAUUGCUCUGCGUACCGGACCGCCUUCGCCGCCGCCACCAUGUCCCCCCUGAGCCUGCUGUGCGUCCUGGCCACGCUGCUCGCCCUCGCCGCCGGUAGGGCCGCUCCCGGAGCCCUUGGCCGCGGAAACCUGAGGAGGCCGACCGGCAAUAGGCUGUGGAUCGGCCGCAUCGUCGGCGGCGACACGGCGGACAUCCACGACUACCCCUACCAGCUGAGCUUUAGGAGCUACGGCAGCCACUUCUGCGGGGCCUCCAUCAUCAGCAAGGGGUUCGCACUCACCGCCGGACACUGUGCCGCUUCGGGAGUGAGCCCGGACACGAGCCGCUUGGUGGCCGGCUCCUCGACUCUGGACGACGGCCAGGAGUACGGCGUCGUCAGCAUCAGGGCGCACCCGUACUACGACGCCAUGACCAUCGACUACGACGUGGGCGUCGUCGAGAUCAAGGGCGCUUUCCAGCUCAGCGACACGCAGCGGAUCGUGGCCCUCGCCGCCGCCGAGGAUGCGGUCCCUGACGGCGGCGUCGUCACCGCGUCCGGCUGGGGAGUGUCCCAGGAGAACAACUGGGACCUGGAGCAGCAGCUGCUGGCCGUCAAGCUGCACGUGGUGAGCCAGGACGGGUGCGCCCGCGCCUACAAGGACUACGGGGGCGUGACGGCGCGCAUGCUGUGCGCCACCGACCUGGGCAAGGACUCGUGCCAGGGCGACUCUGGCGGCCCGCUCGUCACCAGGGUGGGCGAGGAGGUGCGGCAGGUCGGCAUCGUGUCCUGGGGACUAGGAUGCGCGAGGAAGGGCUUCCCCGGCGUGUACACCCGUGUUGCGGACCCGAGCGUGCGCCAGUUCAUCGCCACAGUCGCGGGAGUGUAGAUCUUCGUUGGAAUGCAAGUCGAGAGGGGGCGGAUCACCAGUCAGUUAACCAUUCACCUUCCAAACAUUCCCAUCGUCGUUCUUUUCUUACCAUUUCAAAUUCAUACUUCAUUUACCAAGUAUUUUAUUAAGUCCAAUAUUUGUAUGUUGUUUUUUUUUACGAUGAAUAAAUGUGAAGUUAUAGA